AUGUCGUCUUCUUCAUCUGUUGGAAGCAAGGUUAUGCGAAGGUUCAAUCCCCCUCAAAGGACACAUUGCGACUGCGGUGACUUAGUUGGAAGGUGGACUUCAUGGAAGACAAGAAAUCCUGGAAGAAGAUUCAUUGGGUGCCCAAAUUAUAGGGAUUCGAGUAAAGAUUGCAAAUUCUUUUAUUGGGUGGAUCCUCCACUCCCUAAUCAGUGGUACAAGGACUUGCUCUUACAAUUGCACAAUGGUUGGAAUGGAGAUGUUGUAGAACAAAUGGAAGAAGCAGUAGUAGAAGUUGUUCCAGCUCAAGUUCAAGGUGCGGGUGGUGUUGUUCCAAGGUGGUCAAUGUUCUGGUUUAUUUUGGGUUUAUGUUUUGGUUUGUAUUUUAAGAUAAUGUAG